AUUUACAACCCCCCCACACACACACCUUCCUAUAGUUGACCAUCACCAGACUCCCUAUACACCCCCUUUUCUCCUUUAGCCUUUCUCUAUACCUCUCUCUACAGAUCCCCUUUUCUCCCCUCUCUCUAAUUCCCCCUCUCUCCUUUCCAUCCCCUGUUCUCCCCUCUCUCUAAUUCCCCCAUUUCCUCUCCUUUAUAUCCCCUUUCCUCCAUUCUCUCUCAAUCCUCCUCUCUCCUUUCCAUCUCCUGUUCUCCAUUCUCCCUAAAUCCUCCUCUUUCCUUUCCAUCCCCUAUUCUCCUCUCUCUCUCUCUCAAUCCCCCCUCUCCUUUCCAUCCCCUUCUUCCAGCUCUCCAAGCAACCCAUUUCCCUUCUCCCCCUCCCCAGUAAGAAUGGGGCGCUUUCCAGAGACCCCUUGACGUCGCCACAAGGAGGGCCAAACCAAGACCCCGGCAAGAGGCGGGUCUGGAGCGCAGGCACUGGAAUGGUGUGAAACUGGGGAUCCAGACCCUCGCUGUACUGCCUCUUCUCUGAGCUCCAGAUGAAGCGGAGGCUUUGCAGACAGGAAAACCUAAGGAGGGAGAGCAGCAGGAGGAGCUGGCGUUUAGCUGCAGAGCUUCAAGUCUUCCCACCCAUAGGUGGCCAAGCACCAGCAUUUUAAAGGUCUCAAUCUCCCUUUCCUGCCUUUAGACACAAAGCAACAACAGCUGUUUUAUGCUGUGCUGACACUGCAUGCCUUUGAAGAGCAGAGCACUGCUUCGGAAAUUGUACCGUUCUUAACAAUGGGAAGUGGCCCUCCCUACUGAACUGGUAUUUAUGAGCCGCCAUUUCUUAUACUACUGCGGUGAACCUACCCUGGAUGUGAAGAUUGCCUUUUGUCAGGGAUUCGGGAAACAAGUGGAUGUGUCAUAUAUUGCCAAAUAUUACAACAUGAGUAAAAGCAAAGUUGACAACCAGUUCUACAGUGUGGAAGUGGGUGACUCGACCUUCACAGUUCUCAAGCGCUACCAGAACUUAAAACCGAUUGGCUCUGGAGCUCAGGGAAUAGUUUGUGCUGCGUAUGAUGCUGUUCUCGACAGGAAUGUGGCCAUCAAGAAGCUCAGCAGGCCGUUUCAAAACCAGACACACGCUAAGCGAGCUUACCGGGAACUAGUCCUCAUGAAAUGUGUGAAUCACAAAAAUAUUAUCAGUUUAUUAAAUGUCUUCACACCACAGAAAUCUCUGGAGGAGUUCCAGGAUGUUUAUUUAGUAAUGGAACUGAUGGAUGCCAACUUGUGCCAGGUAAUUCAGAUGGAACUAGACCAUGAACGGAUGUCUUACCUGCUCUACCAAAUGCUUUGUGGCAUCAAACAUCUUCAUUCUGCAGGAAUUAUUCACAGGGAUUUAAAACCAAGUAAUAUUGUGGUAAAAUCUGACUGUACGUUGAAGAUCCUAGAUUUUGGACUAGCCAGAACUGCAGGCACUAGCUUCAUGAUGACUCCCUAUGUGGUCACACGGUAUUACAGAGCACCAGAGGUCAUCUUGGGAAUGGGCUACAAGGAGAACGUGGAUAUAUGGUCAGUAGGAUGCAUUAUGGGAGAAAUGGUGCGCCACAAAAUCCUCUUUCCAGGAAGGGAUUAUAUUGAUCAGUGGAAUAAGGUAAUUGAACAGCUGGGAACCCCUUGCCCGGAAUUCAUGAAGAAACUGCAACCAACAGUGCGGAACUAUGUGGAAAACAGACCUAAAUAUGCCGGCCUCACCUUCCCCAAAUUAUUCCCAGAUUCUCUCUUUCCCGCCGAUUCAGAACACAACAAACUCAAAGCUAGCCAAGCCAGGGACCUUUUGUCAAAGAUGCUAGUGAUUGACCCAGCCAAACGGAUAUCCGUGGAUGAAGCCUUACAGCAUCCGUACAUUAAUGUCUGGUAUGACCCGGCAGAAGUGGAGGCACCACCUCCUCAGAUAUAUGAUAAGCAGCUGGAUGAAAGAGAACACACAAUCGAAGAGUGGAAAGAAUUAAUCUACAAGGAAGUCAUGAACUCUGAAGAAAAGACUAAAAAUGGUGUAGUAAAAGGACAGCCUUCUCCCUCAGGUGCAGCAGUGAACAGCAGCGAAAGCCUCCCUCCAUCCUCAUCCGUCAAUGACAUUUCCUCCAUGUCCACAGACCAGACCCUGGCAUCGGACACUGACAGCAGUUUGGAAGCUUCUGCAGGACCCCUCGGUUGUUGCAGGUGACUAGCCGCCUGCCUGCGAAACCCGACGUUCUUCAGAAGAUAAUGUAAUUUAGUGGGGGGGAAAUCAUUGUGGUUAUAAAAGCAUUCAAUGAUGGCAAGGAAGAGUUACAAUUUAGAACACAAAGAGAAAAUUUUAAACAAACACUCACAGAGAGACACGUAACAAUUAAACAAGAAAAAACCCUUUCAGCCUGCCUUCUAAAAGAGUUAUGUAAAUGCAGCUAAGCUCAAAUGUAUAUUUAACUUAUAGUUGCUCUGCUUUGGUCUUCUUCCAACGAUGCUUACUGCAAAAUGGGAAAAAAAAAGAGAAAAAAAGAGGAAAAUUGUGUAAAAGAAGCCUUUUUUCAUACAAUUGCAAAUUUUAAUGGCUGCAAAACCAGCAACUUGCAACUGUCCUUUUUCACAUUGGCAUGACAAGGUGGGCAGUCCCCCUCCCUUUAGUUGUAUACAUGUGAGCCUAUCUAACCACUCUCUGUUUCUGUUUUGGGCAGUUGAACAGAGAAAUGCGCACAUGUAUCUUGGUGUACAAAUGUGCACAUCUGCAUUCCAUGGAACUAUGUUUGUAGUUCUGUGUGUGCAUAUAUCUAAAGAUCAGGCAUGUACACAACUGACUGCAGUAAAGAACAUAACCUUCCGUGUUUCUUUUUCUUUUAUGUACAGAUUUCAACUUUGGAGUGUACAGUCUAUUUUCUUGGUCCUUGGGUUGUUUCAGAUUAUUUUAACUCCACAGUCCUGUAGCCUCACUGAACUCAAUUGGACUUAACUUCUGAGCAGAUAGGUAAACAGAAUCAAAUUGAAACUCAGAAUCUGAAAUCUUAUAUUUUUAGUAGUAGUCUGUUGGAAGGAAGACUAUAGACAGGAGCUUAGUCAGAGUUCUCUAAAUGGGAUGAAUUUGGAUUUGUUUUGUUUUGUUCGAAUGAGUGGAAACAGAAAAGUAUAAGGAGCUAACCAGAACUAUCAAGAGGGCAGCCAGUUGCUAACAUUAUUUGUUUGUGGGUCUCUUGGUAGGCCAGUGAGGGAAACAUGAUGUUGUCAAGAGGAAAAUUUGGUCUAAUCCAGCAGGAACUAGCUGAUAUUCCUAAAUUAAGGGGACAUUUGUGCAGAUGGUGUUUCUUAACUGUUUGAGGGUAACCCCAUUUUGUUAUUAUAUAAAGACUUUCAGAAAUUGACCAUAAACAAGAACCGGCAUUGAAAAAUUUGAUGUCAGUCCUACUCAAAGUUGGGCUAUGCUUCCAAGGUAAUUUUGAUAGCCUAAAUGAAAGACAAACAACUUGUAAAUGCUCCUCCUUUUUCCUCAGUUCUGAAGGUCUACUUGACUCCUUCUAUCCUUCUUGAAUGCAUGGCUAUGAGAUGACAUGAGGGACUACCAACCACUUGGAUCUAAUGAGAAUAGUAUAAUAGCACAGAAAGGAUAUAAGACAAAUGGAUUUCUUUCCCCAGUGUUGAAUAGCUUCUUUAGUUCAAAUAAAGGACUACCAGAUAUCAUGGGCUAAAAGUUUUUAAAGAAAGAGAAAUACAAAAUAUUUCACAGUUGUUAAAGUUAUUUGUUGGCACAUAGCAUUCUCAUUAUAACCACAUUUCUGUGACUAUUGAGUGUUCCUAUUUAAGUACAAGGUGAGGAAGUCAAUACAGGUUGAGUAUAUCUUAUCUGAAAUGCAUGGGGUUUUGGAUUUCAGAUUUUUUUUAUUUUGGAGUACCCGUUAUUGCAUACAUGAACAUAAUGAGAUAUUGUGGAGAUGGAACCUAAAUCUAAACAUGAAAAUUGUGUAUGUUUCAAUACCUUAUAUACAUAGCCUGAAGGGAAUUUCAUACAUGUUAUUUUGAAUCUUUUGCAUGAAACAAAACUAAGGUACAUUGAAUUGCCAGGAAACAAUAUGUCACUAUAUCAGCCACCCAUUCAGAUUUUUGGAGUGAUUUGGAUUUUGGUGGCACAGUGGGUUAAAGCGCUGAGCUGCUGAACUUGCUGACCGAAAGGUCGCAGGUUCAAAUCCGGGGAGCGGUGUGAGCUCCUGCUAUUAACUCCAGCUUCUGCCAACAUAGCAGUUCGAAAACAUGCAAAUUUGAGUAGAUCAAUAGGUACCACUCCAUGCAGUCAUUCCGGCCAUGUGACCUUGGAGACAUCUACGGACAGCGCUGGCUCUUCAGCUUAGAAAUGGAUAUGAGCACCAAUCCCCAGAGUCGGACACGACUGGACUUAAUGUCAGGGGAAAACCUUUUACUUGGAUUUCAGAAGCCCACAUAAAGGAUACUCAACAUGUAUUAACUGUAGAUUUCAUCCAUAUCUAGAUUUCAUCCAUAUCUAUCUAUUUAGUGUAACAAACUAUGAAGGGCUAGAAUACCACCAGUGAAGGUACUUGAGGCUAUGACAGACAAUUACUGUCUUUAUCAAGAGCAAUGAAAUGUCUAGCUGCUUUCAUUUUCACCAUUUUUCUCAAUUGUACCUCUUCAUUGGGACAAAUAAUCUGAAGUUCUCCCAGGUUUCAGAAUGAUAGCAAAAAGGAGUUCUGCAUGCAUAGAGCAAACUAGAUGUAUACAUUACCAUCUGGUUCUUCAAUGCCAUUGACACAUUUAGCAUGCAGUGUUGUAUAACUUUAUUUCUUUAGGCACCAAAAAAGGUUAACAUUGGAUAGCCCCAUUGUGACAGGUACUGGUAUGCAUUUCAAACCAUUCAAAGAAAAUCCAUCUCAGCUGAGGUCACUGGCAGUAGUAGCAAGUGUGUUUUGGAGUAAGAAGGAAGAACAUAAGCCAUUUCCCUCUGUUACUGCACUCUUUAGACACUUUUUCCUACUAUUACUCUGCUAGGCCUUGUGAUAUGCUGGACACAUUGUACUAAAUCUAGCCAUGCACUCAAUAGUCCAUUACCACACAAACAUCUAGAAGCAUGAGUGCAUUGCAUGCCAAUUUUUUUUUAAAAAAAAAUCAGGGAUUUCAUGAACUUCCCGAAACUAAAUUAUUUUCCUGGAGACUAAUACCACAUUCAAAUGGCAGGCAAUGUUAAAAUAAUACUAAAAAUGCGUUUCUUUGGUCAAACAAGACUACUCUUUCUUCCAAAACUAUUCAUAAUAAGACUGAAUUGUGUGGAUUUUAAUAUAAUAUACAAGUGCUAACAAUAUUCCACAAAAGCCAUUACAUGCACACAUACUAUAUAAAAUAUAUUCUCAUCAACCCAAUAUUAAAAAGUAUGCUUAUACUUAUUUUCCAUCAUGUAUUGCUCUAAACUUUAUGUAAUUCCUUAGUGAAGGAUAGCCAUUCACAAAUCUAGAAAAUAAUUUUUGAUCACAUGACUUUAAUUUCAUUUGCUAAAUAAGGAAAUGGAGAAGGUCGAUUUUUCUUUGAAAAAAAUCAGAACCUUUUUGUUAUAGAAGUAUGUAUAAAAGCAAUAAGCAAUAUGUUACUACUGGGAAAAUACGAUAAAAUAGCAAUAUAAGGGGUGAUUGACACUGCUAUUUGAAUGGUUGAUUUACAUGAACUGCAUGCAACAUCCAUUGAAAUGGAAGCCACAAAGCAAUGGUGCUUGACAUAUGGCCCUGUAUUCUUUCCAAAAGCCAUGAAAUGACAUUACCUGCGUGUGACACAUCCCAGUGAAAUCCCAGCAUACUAGAAAUGACAGUACUUAGAAAGGAUGCAGAAGUGCAGGGGGAGGCCACAAAGGCAAUAAGCGAGAAAUUAUUUCCUAAGCAAUAAUGGCAUCUGUAUAUUUUAGCUGUGUAUAUCCCUCUCCAAUAUCAGGGGAUAUUAAAAACCUCUACUAACUAUCCACCAUUUUGGUGCUGGUAUUGCAGUUGACUGGGAGCCACUUGGAACGGAACAUCAUCAGAACAUGUAUCUGUUAAUUCCCAUCAGAAGCUAUAAUCAUAAUAUUCGAAUAAUCCAGGUUUGUGCAAGAUAGCCAAUUACUCAGGACAAUGAAAUGCCAAGCAUCCUUUGAAGAGUUGUUGAAAUCUCUCUCCAGAAUGGGUAACUAGGCAACAGAAUGGCAGAUAAGAUUCAACCUAAGUGAAAAAUAAUGUAUGUUGGAUCCAGAUGAAAACAAAUACAGGACCAUUGGCAUCUAUUCAGCAAAGAUACUCUUGUGAACAUCAGAGGACACUUCCUCUACUAUAACAGUGAAAAAGGCAAUUGGUAUUAUUAGAAAAUGGAUUAGCAACAAACUAGCUUUUAUUAUCAAGCUGAUAUAUAAAUCUGCCCUCACUUGUGAGGCUGAUGCCAUGGACACCUUGGAAAACAAGGAUAUCAUCAAAAUUGAGAAAGAGAUGGGAGGAUAUGAAAUAAGGCCAGAGGACUGACCUUUUCUUGUCUUUUGAAACUCUGUGUCAAAUGUUCAGCGGCUAAACUUCGAAAGAGAAAGAUAAUUAGUGUGGGCUUCUUAGAGGUGUAUAAAGCCAUUAAUAUUUCUGAGAAAGUGAAUAAAAGAACAUUAAUGUUGAAGACCAACCAGUAAAAGCAAUUAGCACUGAUUUCAAGCAAGAGAAGAUGGAAGUAUUUCACCAUGCAAUGUUCAUUAGCAUGGAAAUGAUUGCUACAGGGUGGCUUUUGAAAGGUCUUAAAGACAAUUCAGGAAGAUAGUCCAUAAAUGGCCAUCCAUUUCAUUCUGCCUUACAUAGGACAGAAGAACAGAGCAAAAGGCAAUGGCCAUUAUGUGAAGAGAGCCAAAAGCUAUGCAGUCUCAUCAAUAUGUGUGCCUGAAUAAUCAAAGUGGAGCAAAGUCAUUUUCUAUUUGCUUUGCAGCAGGGAUAGGCAACCUGAGCCUCUUCAGAUGUUGAAUUGUAGCUUCCAUCAACAUUCACCAUUGGUUAUUCCAAUUUGAUCCAAUAAGGAUUUCAGAGCAACAACAUCUGCAUGGCUUGGCUCACUUCUGCCCCAGAUGGCAUGAACCAAUAGAUUCAAAUGCAAAAAAAAAAAAAAGGACUUAGGAUAAAUAUUAAGAACUUCCUGUUAGUACAAGUUGUUGUGUGUUGACUACAAAAAUGGCAGACUCUACUGAAAAAUCACAAAUGAAUUUUCGAUUAAAAAUGGGACAACACUCAUCAGCACUAAAGUUUCCUAUACCACUGACAUGUCAACCACAAAUGGAAAUACUAAGGUUAUAUAUAAAAAUCAGUAUUAAAAUGGCUGUUGUGGUAUACAUUUUCUACAUUUCAGUUUCACAUGGAAAGUCAAGAUCUGUUUCUGCAAAGAAGUGGCAACUCCGGAUGAUAGCCUGAACCUUGCUGCAGUUGUUCAUCAAAAUGGGGAUUGCUCCCAGAACACAGGGGUGGAUAUGAGUGUCAUAAUAGCAACAUAGAACAUUCUAGAGACAGGCAACAUAUCCAACUCCAAAGAAAUAUUUUUAGGCUCACGGAAAUUCUUUUUCAAAGCUUUCCUAAAUAUUCUUAGGGCCUUUAACUUUUCCCUCAAUAAGAUACCUCCAAACUCACCUUCAGUCUGAGAUGGAAUUUCAUGACUACUGUAUUUAUGGUUGUGCAGAUCCACCUUGUUCUUUGAUGUGGAUUAUAUUAACAUUUUGUAAAUGCCAGAUAUUAGAAUCAGAUUCUGUGACUACAAAUGAGUUAAUGGAAGUGGACUUCCCCAUCCCCUCCUUCUACAGUGGCCCCACAAUCCCUUCAAACCGUUACACAGAAGGCCAAGAGACCACGCUGGAUGGAAUGAGCUGUGGGCAUGGGGACUUUCUGCUAAGAGAAGAGAAGUCCUGGAUCCAGCCCAAUAAGUCUGUGGCUACUCUGCUCAAAGAGCUAUUACUAUGAUAUGGCUUCUAGGCAGCAUCUUUUAUAUGACCUGGACAAUCCAACAGAUCCAACAGUGGAACGUUUGUAGACCCAUGAAAGGAAGGAUGCUGUAUUACCCUUCCCUGUUAACCUCAUCCACUCACUCAAUUAUUCACUGACAUGAGUGUCUUGUCCUAGAGCAGCCACUCCCAAUCCUUUUCAAGUUGUGAACCCAUUUUAUAGAGGCAACUUCACAACCAGCUAACUCGAUAAACUAAAAACAUGAUUUUGUUUUCCCUUUUAAAAAUUUUCCUAGCUCACCACUGCCCCAUAACCCCAAAGAAAACCCUUCAAACCCAUGGACAGGGAAUCGCUGUCCUAGAGGUAUUUCAUUUGUAUGCCUUCUCUAGUUUGGUCCAAAAAGCUUAUUUGAGUGUGUCCUUUCAGAACAAAAUUUGGAACUCGUACUGAAGUUAGAAGGAUCUAUGUCAUUGUCUUCACUUCAUAUGACAACGAAAAAAGCAAAUAGGAAGUUAAUUAACUUAUUUGAGAUGGCAUGUUGGAGAAGAGUUAUUCAAAUAGCAUGAAUGUCAAAUAUGAUGGACUGCUAAUGGUGACUAAAAAUAAGCUAUCAUAGUUUGGCCAUAUCAUGAGACUUGGUAAUGACAGGAUGACCUGGAGGCUAGGCAUUCAUAAAUUUGCUAUAAGUCAAAGUGACUUGUAAGUAGGUAACAAACAUUGAACACCACCUGUCAAUACCCAAUUCUGUCACUAGGAUCUCCUGUUGCAAAAAGUGUAUAAAAUGAAACAAUAUUUAUAGAUUUAAACAUAUCAAAUUAGAUUAUUUAUUGCGUUUAAAACGUGAACCUGCUUUCACUCUUCUCUCAAAUGAACUCAAACCAACCACAUAUGAAACCAUUAAGACAGGCUGUCAUUCUAGCCCUAGUCUAACUCCUGUCUAGCUGAAUUCCAAAUUAGCAUUCACCAACUAGAAGUAAAACUAACAGUGAUCCAAUAAUUUGAAACAUUAAGGAUAGUUUUAUGACCAAGAAUCCCCUUAUAGUCACAAAUGUUAUCAUUUUUGCCAACAUUUCCAAUGCCACAUAGAGGCCAGAGUAGCAGAGUUAUAAAAGCACAAAUGUGAAUUUUAAAUUGCAUAGAUAGGUAGGCACUGCAAAAAGUAUUUUUGUGUGUAUGGAAAUAACUUUGUUAUUUGAAGUAAGGGUUUAUUCCUUCCCUCCCUAAAUAAUCUGUCUACUCACAUUUGCAUAGCUGGAUGACUUCACAAUUUGCUUUUGCAUUCCUUUAGGUCUAUAAAAAGGAAAUGGGGACCCUCAUCCAGUUAUAUAGUUAUAUAUGAUAAGGUGAUGCAUGUUAUUAGUAAAGAGGGUGUGUGGGCAUGUCUGUUGCAAUGUGUCUGCACAUCACAUGCAAGCAUCCAUGGUAUUCAUGGAUGUCUCCUGCUAGAUCUGAGUGUAUAAGUGUGAUCAUUUCUAAACUUGCCCCUUCCCUCAAAAAAGAAACGUGGAAGCUUCUUAAUACAAUGAUGCACAGUAUACAGACAAAGGAAGCACAGCUACACAAUUGUGGCAUCUGCAAAAGAGCUGGAAAUCUGAUUUUUAAUGUCACAACUUCCAUUGGCCAAAGUGGACAGGAGAUUAAUGGAACUGUAGUCUAGAAAAGCAGGCUUUGCUCUGAAAACAUUUUUGGAGCCCUGUCCGAAGAUAUUAUACAGAAAAGCAAUACCUACAACUGCAUCGGAACAAGUAUGGCAGAUGGCUAACUCCAGCAUUGCAGGCAUAUGGUUUAGUUCAAAUGUUUUGAGUUGUGGUAUUUUUGUUAAUAGAAUGGCCUUUCUAGCUUGAUCCAGUUGUACUGACUGAAUGUAAGCUAGUUUUAGCAUGAUACAGCACAAGAUUUGCAUCUAACCCCUACCCCAUAAGGUUGAGUUGCUAGCAAGUCAUGUUUGUAACAGAAGUAAGAACAAAACAAAUUUCCCAAAUACUAGCUAUUGUUGAAUUAUGUCAAUGUCAAGGGCUGCAAAAUGGUGAUCCUGAGAAAAUAAGACCCACUACAUUCAACCAAUUGAGCAGGGCUGAGCAUUUCUCUUAGCACGUUACAUAGUGUGUAAAUAACUGUACCAAUUCUCUGCUUUUCUCUUUGUAACUUAUCUAUAAGGAUCCAUCACUCUUUCUGGGUUUUUUUUCCAGGGGGCACCACGCACCCCCUGUGGUGUAACUUUCUGGUCCUUACCUCUGCUGGUGAUCAGCCAAUGAGGAAAAGGCUCAGAGGGUUCAAUGUGUAUAUAGAGAAUUAUGUAUAUUUAGUAAAUUGAGUAAGUGGGACUUAUGGCCAGUAAUAUGUUUUGCAACAAUGGUACCAGGACCUCCAAACCCAACUAGCAAAACCAAACUGUUCACCUUGCCAUGCCCAUCCUGUAAUAAGACCUAAGUUGCACCUGCCUGUAGUUCUGCAUGAUUGGACUUCCAAAUAUAAUUCACAAUGACCAGGAGUGUAACCUCUCAGUGUUGAUAAAAGUAGUUUUUAUAUCUCUCUCUACAUAUAUAUAUAUAAAUACAUAUAUAUACAGAGAAAACCAAACACACACAAAAUAUGAGCCACUGUUCCGCAUCAAGACUGGAAGAGGAGAAAGUGUCCAACUUCAUUGCAAAGUCUUAGUUUUUGAACAUAAUAAAUCACAAACCAGUCAAUAGGGACGAACUGACAAAUGCGACAUUUGAUAAGGAAAUGAGCAUUGUUAUGUUUUGUUUACUUCGGCCAUUUUACUUUUUACCUUUCAUUGUUUUCUGUGGGUGGUAGGAGGGGAAUGGAGGGGUCUUGGCUUUGUUCAUCAACCUUUUGUGGAUCAAUGUUGAGUCGAUGCAUUCUAACUUCUGUUUGUUUUGAGUUAUUAAAAGCAGAAGGGAAUCUAUUUUCCCCUUUGUGCCAAAAAAAGAAAAAUAUCUUUUUGGAGUUCUUGUCUAAAUACAUUGUGUUGUUGUCUUGGUUCAUUUGGGAUAUGUUCUACCCAGGAAAAUGUUUCUAAAUGACUACGUUCAACAGAGAUACAAAAAUAUCUUGAUAUUAAAACCUUAGACCAA